GCCAAUAACGGUUUGAAAUGUGAAGCCGCGGCCAGGAAUUUAUUCUCCGAUCCAUUCUUACUUCACAUUACAAGGCAUUCCUUAUCACACUGACGUGGCACUGCCUGCGCUAGCAUUGAGUAUAAAAUCGUAAAGCCAGGACCCCUGGAGCACAUUCAAGGUGCUUUUGACAGCAGAUUCGUUGCAGAAUGCUGCAAGCUAUAAAGUGGCAGAACUGUAAACUGCAGAUACUGGACCAAUUGUUUGUUCCAAAUGAAACACGCUAUAUUCCUAUCCCGGACGUCUCUACAGCAUGGGAUGCCAUCCGAAGCAUGAAGGUACGAGGGGCCCCAGCAAUUGCAAUCGUCGCCAUACUGGGUCUUGCAACUGAGAUCAAAGAAAAGAAAUUUAAUUCGAAAGCCGACGUGUUGCAAUAUGUUUUGAAGCAGUUGGCUUUCUUGCUGACAUCUCGACCAACUGCUGUCAACCUUAAAAAUGCUGCCGAUGAUUUUGAGACCCUUGCAAGAGCACUGCAUGCUGAUGAAAUCGUGUCCGUGCAGGACAUGAAGGAUAGGAUUGUUUCACAGGCAGGGAAGAUGUUGGAGGACGAUAUUAUCACAAACAAGGCCAUAGGAAAGCAUGGAUCGAGCCAUAUUCUUGAUUUGUGUUCGAAGCACCCGGUCAGCAUCUUGACACAUUGCAAUACCGGGAGUUUAGCAACAGCUGGCUAUGGCACAGCUUUAGGUGUGAUCCGAAGUCUCCAUAACGCGGGAAAACUACACAGGGCCUACUGUACAGAAACAAGGCCUUACAACCAAGGAGCUCGGCUGACUGCCUUCGAACUUGUACACGACAAAAUUCCAUCAACACUGAUCUGCGAUGACAUGGUAGCCGCUCUCAUGCAGUCAGGAGCUGUAUCGGCUGUUGUCGUCGGAGCCGAUAGGGUCGUGGCUAAUGGCGAUACAGCGAACAAGAUUGGAACAUACCAAAUUGCAAUCUGUGCAAAGUACCACGGAGUUCCCUUUUACGUGGCAUCGCCGACCACGACCGUGGACGCCACGAAGAAAACGGGCAAAGAGAUCCCAAUUGAAGAGAGACCUCACAGAGAAGUCACACAUCUUCAAGGAUUAAGGCUGGCCCCUGAUGGAAUGAACUGUUGGAAUCCCGCUUUCGACGUGACACCGGCUGAACUAAUAACCGGAGGAAUUAUCACUGAGAAGGGAGUCUUCAAGCCAAGCGCUAUCUUGGAUGCUCUCAAGAGCUGAUGUCGUGUAAUACGUGUACGUAUACCAAUACAGGCUGCCCAGUCCAUCUAAGGUCGAGCAAAAAUAUCCGGGACGUGCGCGUAAUAGUGUCAAUUAUCUUUCAUUAGCAUUAAAAUACGUUGGUUUUAUAGAGAACUGGAGCUUGAUACUGCUCUGAGAUGCGGGAAUUUGCUAUAGGGGAAAACAAGAAAAUCUGACGCUGUUUAGAUUUCCCUCUACUAGCCCUAGUCAGCGAAAACAGAAGGUAAGGCCAGCAGUUAGUGCACUGUUCUUUCAUUCCCAUUGUGAUAAUAUGCAUUGUAUUGCAAGAGGAACUGGAGAACUCCUUGGAAUCGCGUACUGUCUUGCCGAACCAUAUGAAUUGUCCUGCAUGUACAUACGUAGUUCUCCGCACCGCUGUAGCACCGCUUUAGAUUUUGUGUGGACACCAGACUGUGAAGCUGCAUAAAGCCACUUGCCAAAUUUUAGCAUUUCAUAUCCUUCCCAUAAUGUGAGUUUACUGAUGUAGCGGGCCUGUGACAGUCUCGAUUGUGUGAGCGUCCCAAAGAUGUCGACCUCGACUGUGGGUGACUUCACAGUCAUGUUGCUCAAGCUCCAAUAUCCAUCACUGUUCGCGAUUUUUUGGUCGAACUCUCCGCCACAGGCAGGUCAGAGCAUCAUUAGCUGUCACAAGGUAAAAUGGCCGAUGCAAGUACGAAUAUCUGUGUUGGGUCACAAAUAUGGUAUCUGACCUUUCCAGCAUCUGCUUUUGACGCAUCAUAUUGUUUCGUGAACAAGCAUGACGGAAAUCCAUUUUAUUUUUAUAAAUACUGUAAUAUAACGGAGUCUUUGUAUCAUCUUGUUAUAUAUUGAGGCAGGCAUAGGUUGUAGAAGGAGCUGUCCAUGAAGGAGUCUAUGGGCUGCCACGAUACCCAGCCAUCACGCUGAAGAAUAUCGAUGCUGUUGCACGUUGGGCUUGAAUAGUGAGGAUCCUGAGAAGAAUUGGCCGGUGGAAAUCGCGUAAAUUCCCCGUUCUAAAACAUGACUCACAGGGUUAGUUGAGGAAGGAGGAGCAAUUUAAAAAAAAAGUGGAAUGUCGCGUGACAAAGGGGAGACAUGCACGUUUUUCGAGGUUCUGAACAUGGAGGUGCAAUCCUUAAUAGUUCUCUCAGGAAAAGGUGACAGUUAUGAGACAAAUAUUUAAUUGAAUGCUGGCACGAUGUUACGCGAGAAAUAUUUAAGUUCAGCUAAUAAAACUAGUUUGCUCAAUGUGGGGUACAGUUCUGCACUGAACCUGGCAUUCAUGAACAUAAUUCCAGUUGAAGCCUUCCUUCCAAAAUUCAAUAUCAAGCUGAACUAGACACCAACGUUUCCUCACCAACACUUCAAACAGGGAUUAUACAAACUUACUAGAAUGAGCAAGUAGGAUCUGUCUAUGGAUGAACAAAUGCCUAGGACACCUUUUGAUGAUGCAUCAUUGUCUCCUCCUGUAAGAGAUGAAGACGAUAAUUUGAAACGACGACAUACCGAGUACCUCGCAGUAUACCCAUCAUAAUAGGUGACCCAAUAGUAUUGAAAUGCUCCACUAUCCUGUCUCUCUGUUGGUGCAGUUCGCUUCCACUGUACACGUGAAUGACCUUUGAAGGGACCUGGAAUGUCAAAAUGCUUUUCUUUAAAUUCUUCGUUUAAUCUAUGCUAUGAUGCUUGUCCUAGCUAAGCCAAAGCUACUUGCCAGAAAUGGUACAUAAUGCCACUAUUUUAAAGGUUAUAAGGUGCCUGUGUUACGCAGAUUGCUUGUAACAUCAUGUUGAAUCACCAAGGAGUCAUCUUACUGUGAAUUGUGAAUUACACGUGAAUUAUUCGCACGUUGUUGGUACUGUGACUGAUGUGUCUUGCACUCAUUUUGCUAUAGUCGUACAAAAUUUCAAAAAAUUAAGUUUUAGACAGUCAGCAUUCAAGGAUUAUUUAACACUGUUUUCAGCUGUUCCUACAAGUCAUAGAAAACAAAAUAGUAUUGUUGAGUAAGGCACAGCAGAACACUUCCACAAAGAUGGUAUGUGACAUAGGGUACAACUGAAGUCUUGUGCGUGCUGUCUCGACAUUUCCUCAAACGAAAUAAUGAAAUCAGACAUUCUGGGACUUAAAAAUUGUCAGUAGUUGAUUCCUGGUUCACCUCUAUACAUAAAGAUGUUUUUCCACGAUAAAUAUGUACAUGAGUGGCACUCGA